AUGACUACCUCCCCAACCCGCAAGACCGAUACGGACGUCAAGGCGUGGCUGCGAGUGGCGCCGCUCGAGAAGCUGGCGGCGUCGUCGCGACACCACCUUACUCUGCGCCAUCCGCACACGCAAGAGUACCACUCGCUGCUCAUCUUUUCAUUUCCCAGCGCCACCUCGUCAUCCACACCGCAGCCCCACCACGACGCCUUCUACUGCAUGGAGGCCACGUGUCCGCAUCUAGGCGCACCGCUAGAGAACGCCACAAUCGAAGUCAAUGAUCUGGAAGAGGAGCAAGAGGGCGACAUCGAGGACAUGGUGGUGGUGUGUCCGUGGCACGAGUACGACUUUAGCCUCUCCACGGGCGAAUCCUCGCACGGCGUCUCGGCUUGCGUGUACAAGUGCCAGGUGCGCGAACAGACCUUGUGGAUCGAGGCACCCCAGCCGUGUUCGAACGAGGCAGCCGCAGCCGCAGAUCCAAAGCAAUGGGAGACCAUCGAGCUGCGUCCGGUCAGCGAGGCGUCACCCGGCGUAGCCUCGCGCCAUGAUGCGGCGCAAUCACUCCACCUCGAAGCCGCACAGCUUUCUCUCUCUUCACCCACGCCACAGCCAGAGUCGGCUGCUCAGAUCGAGACCGAGGUGGCGCCGCCGUCGCCGCGGCCCAAGACGCUGGUGGAGUGGGCGGUGCUGGUGCUCAACACGCCCGAGCCUGCCAAGAAGGUGGCCUACACGCGAUUCGCAGCCAAGGCAUUCCGUUCGGGCGAGUGCAAGCUGAUCGGCGGGGGACGGUGGAAGACGAGCGACGAGGUGGCGGGCACACGCACCGAGUGGAUGGUCAAACCGCAAGAGACGCCGCCCGAGCGUCCACCGCGGCUCAAGGACGAGGUGUGCGUGCGUCCAGGCCAGGAAGCCAAGCGCGGCCGCGGCGGCACGGAAAAGAGCCGCAUCGCCAUCCUGCAUUCGCUGGCCAACAUCGAGCAGUGGGCCAUCGACCUGGCGUGGGACAUUAUCGCACGCGCACCGCAGCUCUGUGCGCGCUUCUUCAGCGAGCACGACGACGAGGCGGGCGAAACACCCAACGCCAAGCUGCCGCUCCAGUUCUUUAGCGAUUUCGUCAAGGUGGCCGAGGACGAGGCCAAGCACUUUUCGCUGCUCGUCGAGCGGCUCGGCGAGAUGGGCAGCUACUUUGGAGCGCUCCCCGUGCACCACGGCCUGUGGGACUCGGCCAUGGAGACGGCACACUCGCUCACCGCGCGUCUCUCCAUCAUCCACCUCGUCCACGAGGCACGCGGCCUCGACGUCAACCCCACCACCAUCAAAAAGUUCGACAACGCAGGCGACGAAAAGAGCGUCAAGACGCUCACCGUCAUCCAUCUCGACGAGAUCACGCACGUCUCGGCGGGGCAUCGAUGGCUCACCUGGCUAUGCGCACAUGCCCACCCGGCCAUGGAUCCCGUCCAGGUCUUCCGCGACGAGGUGCGCCGCAACUUUAUCGGCCGCCUCAAGGGUCCCUUCAACGCCGACGACCGGCGCAAGGCAGGCUUGGACAAAGAAUGGUACGAUGAUCUAGUGGGCGAGAAGCCGGGCACGUUCAGCAUGGGCGUCAGGCGCAACGAGGUUCCUGGUGGUUGA